GUCUCUCUCCCAGAUCCGAAGGUGUUUCACCUUGUAGUACUACCCUUGGAACAUCCAGAACUGAUGUUAGAGCACCAAGACCAAACGAGCAGCAGACACGAGCACGACAACUACAAGAUCAUGCAGCAACAUCGUUAGAAGCUGAUGCGUCCUCUUCCACGGCAGCAAAGCAGGCUGCUGCGGUUUCCACCACUUC